AACAACAACAAAUAUUUCAUAUAUCAAAAUCAUAAUUUCACAGAAACGGAAGCAAUGUCGAAGACCAACUAGGAAAUAAAAGACCACGAACCACACCUGAUGAGAGAGGGACAGACAGAGAAGCUCUGAAUGGGAAUCGAGCAACAAAAACAGCACCAGCACCAGCAACAACACUAGACCAAGAGGCCUAGACGGAGGCAGAGGCAGCGGUAGCGGCAGCGCCAAACUGUAGCCGUGGCCAGUCGUUAGUUGAUAGUUGAUAGCGCUAGCAAGAAAAAAAGAGAGAGUAGAUACACGCCAGCUAAACUGCAGUGAAUCUUGUCCUGAUUUCGAGUUCGACUCCAGAUUGAAUUUAACAGAACACAUAAUGGCCCAAUUAACGAUGAUUGGCCGUGUCAGCGAUGGUCUGCCACUGGUGGGCACCAUGCAGGACGAUGAGCAGAGCGGACGCAGUGUUUUGGACUAUCAGAACCAGGCUAAAAUGUUAUUCCGUAAAUUGGGGAGCAACUCUCCGGCGCGCAGUAGCAUUGAGACAGGACCAUAUCUAUUCCACUAUCUAAUCGAGAAUGAUGUGUGCUACUUGGUCAUGGUUGAUAAAAUGUAUUCCAAACGAUUGGCCUUCAACUAUUUGGAGGAUUUGGCUAAAGAGUUUCAUGCAAAUUACGGACGGCGAGUGAACUCAGUGACACGACCCUACGCAUUCAUCGAAUUCGAUGUCUAUAUACAAAAGUCGAAAAAGCAAUUGACAGAUCGUCGACGUAAUAUAAGUAGCAUUAAUACCCAGUUGCAAGACGUCCAAAGAAUAAUGGUGCAAAAUAUUGAUGAUGUCCUACAGCGUGGCACAGUUUUAGCGGAGCUCGAUACGAAAACCCAAAAUUUGUCUCUGAUGUCACAGAAAUACAAAAAAGAUGCCAAAUUAUUAAAUCGUAAAUCCAUGUAUGUGAAGGCAGCAGCUCUGGGCACUAUAUUCCUAGUGUUUGUUUUAUACUUUUGGGUUUUGUAAUACCAAGUUCUAGGACACAUUUCUUUAACGCUUA